AUGUAUUUUCAGAAAAUGGCUUUCAACAAAAGGACAGAGAAGCUAUACACAGACACCUUCAAAGUGGUAAUUUUGCGAGAGAGGAUAAAGGUGAAGGAGUGGAACAUCUCGGGUGAGGAGGCAUUGGCCGUCCACACACUGACAAACUUUGCCGCUGGGGUGUCAGAUGGGAAGAGGGCAACUAAAUUUAUAAUGUUUGAUGAAUUGGCUAAGGGAAUAGAGGAGGGGAAGUCUUAUAGGAUAAAACAUUUUGGGUGGAGCAAUUACGGGGAUAUUAGAACAAUGCUGACAAGGCAUCAGACCGUGGCCUAUAUCGCUGCCGCGGUCCAAGUCCCCGCCCACCUGGAGGCAGAGGCUCGGGACUUAAUAUGUCCUGAGUCGAUGCUCGUCCCUCUGCGGGAGAUGGCAGAGGUCGAGGAGAAGACGCUGCUGACUGUCCAGGCCUGGGUCAAAGAACUAGGUGCGUUCCACCCGCAAACAGCGGCCGGUGGCCCGCCAGUGCCUCGAAGGGCCGUGGUGCUAAAAGAUGGGGAUACAGAGGUGGAAUUGGUACUCUGGAGGGAGGCCAACCUCACACAGUUAGAGGUUGGCCUCCUUAUAAGAGUUACCCAUCUGCGGGCGAAAAGGAGCAACUGGGGACUGAGCCUCCACUCGUCAGGGCACACUUCAGUUGAAGUCAUCAAUGGAGACAAGGAGGUCCAGGUCAUGGGGUACAGGAUCCUCCCAGACGGGGACAUGGAGGUCCUGGACCCCAGUGACAACGAACACGUCAUUCCACAGGCCAUGUGGGAUGCAGUCAUUGGAAAGACCGUCCCAGCCAUACCUUUCACUAUAUUAUUUACCUUUGAAAGGGCAAAAUUACUCCAAAUUAAUUUAAGAGAGGAGUAGUCAUCGCCCCCCCCCCCCACCCUUUCGAGUUUUGUUGUUUUACUGACAUUAAAUCAUUAUUUCCGUUUGUCGUUGUUGUCCCAUCA